ACGUCAUAGUUACUACUAUUCCCGUCCCGUCACUAUGCUUCUUUAUCCAUCCACAGUCCUCCAAUCGCUUCGCCUCGCCGUGCUGCCACCGAUGGCGACGAACCCGGCCCCGGGCGUUCUCUGCCGCGCUCCCCGCCCCUCGCCUGCGCCAAUGGCCGCCGCCCCCACGCAGUCUUCCUCUGCCUCCGUACCCAUUCCGCAUGCUACCCGCUGCAUCCGCCUCGCCGCCGCAGCCCCACCACCACCACGUUGUGUAGCUAGUCCAACCAUUGCUAAUGUGAAAGACCAAACUGAGGCUGAAGUUGCAAUGGGGUACACGAUGACUGAAAUCUGCGACAAAUUCAUUGAGUUCUUCAUGUAUAAGAAACCAGAAACAAAGGACUGGAGAAAAUUAUUGGUGUUUAGAGAGGAGUGGCGAAGGUAUAGAGAGCACUUCUACAAGCGUUGCCAAGUGCGCAUAGAUAUGGAAACUGAUCCUUCAGUGAAACAAAAGUUGGUUGUACUUGCUAGAAAAGUUAAGAAGAUAGAUGAUGAAAUAGAGAAGCACAUGGAACUGUUCACUGAGCUCAGUGAGAACCCUGCUGAUAUUAAUGCUAUUGUUGCAAGACGACGAAAGGAUUUCACUGGGGAGUUCUUCCGCCAUCUUAAUUUCCUUGUGAAUGCUUAUAAUGGCCUUGACGAGCGAGACGGAGUAGUCAGGCUCGGGGCCAAAUGCCUAUCUGCAAUUCAUGCAUAUGACUGCACACUAGAACAGUUAGACAUCGAAUCUGCUCAGUUGAAGUUUGAUGAUAUACUGAAUUCCUCUUCACUAGAUGGUGCUUGUGACGAGAUAAAAAGCUUAGCCAAGGCUAAAGAACUUGAUUCAUCUCUAAUUCUUCUCAUUAACAGAGCUUGGGCUGCUGCAAAAGAAUCUACAACUAUGAAUGAUAAGGUCAAGGACAUAAUGUAUCAUAUUUAUACAACUACAAAAGAAAGCCUCAAGAACAUCUCACCUCCGGAGAUGAAGCUUCUGAAGUAUCUGCUGAAUAUUGAAGACCCUGAAGAGAGAUUUGGUGCUCUUGCAACUGCUUUCUCUCCCGGGGAUGAGUGUGAAACCAAGGAUGAAGAUGCUCUUUACACAACUCCCAACGAACUCCACAAAUGGAUCAAAAUGCUGCUCGAUUCAUACCAUCUCAACAAGGAGGAGACGGAUUUUAUGGAUGCGAGAAAGAUGAGCGACCCGGUGAUCAUCCAGAGGUUAACUUUGCUGAAGGAGACGAUCGAGGAAGAAUACAUGAAACAGUAUAUACAUCCCGAGGAGGAAGAAUCCAUGGACGAGGACGACAAUUAGCACCAGAAAACUGAACGAGCCUGUAUUUGUAAGCCGACUUGGAAGGAACGCAUCUGGUGAAGAAGAUUCAGAAGGGAUACAUUCUAAUCGCUGACAACGCUGACGAUAAGAUAGCGGAUGCCCUGCUGCUUUUAUUUAUUUACUAGUGAUGGAUGGUAAAUUUGUAUCAUGGCAAUGGCAUCAUCAUAAAGGGUACUAUCUGUUUUACAGGUGUAGUAAAGCUCAGGGUUUGUUUUGUUCUUAGGUUCGCGAUUUUACCGGUUUUGAAA